GGGCCGGCUGGCACUGGGGCGCCGUUCCGCGCUCGCGCGGACUUCGGAAUUAGCCCGGGGACGGACGGGCGCGGCAGCCGGAGCGCGUUUCUGCCGGACGCCGAGCCCCCGCCGAGCGCCGAGGAUGCGCGCCCUGCCAGUCCUGGACGCGCCCCCGAGCGAGGGGCUCCUGCCACGGGACCCCGAGGCCCCCCGGGCCCGAGGCGACGCGGCGGGGCCGGCACGCAGGAGCGCCGUGGAGAGGCUGGCGGCCGACCGCGCCAAGUACGUGCGGGGCCUGCCCGGGGCCGGCCCGCGCCCCGCUUCCGAGGACAGCAGCCCCGGGGCGAGCGAAGGGCAGGCGGGCGACCCUCGGCCCCCGGCCCGCGUCCCCGGUCCCGUGGCGCGCAGGACCAUAGCGCGGAAGCCACUGCGGCCUGACUCGCUGGUCAUCUACCGGCAGAAAUGCGAGUUCGUCCGAGGGCCGGGCGCCGACAGCUCCCGAGCGGGGCUGGUGAAGAAGCUCUUCCAGGGGCCGGGCAGAGACAAGACUCCGGUGCCCCCCGAGACGUCCCGGGGGGCAGAGGAGGGCAGGUCCAAGGCCGAGGAGGCCGCCCCGACCAAGCCCGGCUCCGUGACGGCCCCCGCGCCCCCGGGGCCCGUCGGGGCGCCCACAAGAGUCCCGGCUGUGCCGCGGGGCCCGGAGCUGCGGGGGCUGAGGCGCGGGGGGCUGCAGCGCUCGCAGUCAGACCUCAGCUCGCGCUACUCCUCGUCCCUGGCCGAAUUCGACACCUUCUUCCAGUACUGCGGCCUGGAGCCCGAGGUGGUGGAGGCGCUCGGGAGGGAGAACUUCUCCGCGGGGUCGGACCGCGUCGCGCUCAAGGUCCGCAGCGUGAGCGUCGCCACCUCCGACAGCGGCUUCUCCCGGCACAGCAGCGGCGACGAGGGGCUGCAGGAAGAGGAGCUGACGGAGCAGGUGCCCAGCACCACCUCGGUCAUCGAGAGGAACGCCCGCAUCAUCAAGUGGCUAUACACCUGUAAGAAGGCCAAGGAGACCCCCAGCCAGGGGCUGCAGAGCCCCGCAUGACCGCUGCGCCUGCGGAGACCCAGACCUAAGGAAGCAAGCCUUCCCGACGAUGGUGGCUCCUUGAAGAAUGUCAUGGAUGAUUUGGGGCCCCAGGGCCAUCCUCACUGCCACAGAUUUUGUCCAGUGCACACAAGUGACCGCAUGAUUGCUGUUUUCUCAAGAAUAAAGCACCCCAUUGAAGAAGCUUAAGUAAUGUCAGAGGGUUUGAAAUGCUGUGGAGAAGAUGGGAACACAGAACUUGGAGGUUAGCUGGGUUGCAACUGUUGUGACACAGCUGAAGCUCUGGAGGUAUUUUCUUGUUUGAAGUGGACCUGUCCUUGCUUCCAGAGGGCAGCAGAAGAGGGGAAAGCUGCUUGGACUUGUUUUCAGAGGCAUCUUUUUGACUGGUGCAUUUUAAUGAUAUCAAAUUGAUUUUAAAAAGAAAAAAGGCAAAGAUCAUGACAACCAAGCAUGAAUGCUGUGAUAUUUACUGCUUUCAGUCAUCUUGGACAGAUUGACACCAUUUAAAUCAAAGCGCCAUAAUCAGGAGAAGGUGCGUUCUACUUAAAUACUGUGGCUGACAGAGUAAACGCACACUUACACACACUCACACACAGACCUGAGCAUCACUGCACUGUAACUGCAGUGAACUCCCAAACUGUGCAGCUGAUCAACCCGUUUAAUGAAUCAGAAAGUGCUUUUAAAAUCCCUUGAGGGCUACAAGGUCAUCCUGUUAAUGCCACUCCCAUUGAGUUAUAGACAUAUGGCAGUACAUUCAAAGAUAAGUUAGAGCUGAAAUACUACUAAAAUAUCUUUUCUCAUACCUGGACAGUUUCUUGAGAGUUGGCAGGAGAAUCUCGGAGCUUCCUUUUGUCAGAUCAAUAGCAGAAUUCCUCUUUUGCAGCACCAUUUAGAAUGUGCCCCCACAGCUCUCUUGUUCCUAGCUUCCGAAAGGAGAGGAAGGUCUCAGUUUACACAGAACACGGACUCAUGACACAGAACAUGCCCUACCCUUUGGUCUAAUUCACGCCUCCACGUAUCACGCCAUCAUCUCAAAUUGGUGCCAGUUCACCCUUCUCCGCAAAGGGUCUUUUUGAG